AUGUCUUGCUUGAGCUCUCCUCUGGCCCCCAAGAGGCAGCUUAAGCUCACCACCGCUGUCACAGCUCUCCUCGUCGUCCUCUUCUUUGCUCUCUUCGUCAGCUCAUGCGAGGCGCGUCGCGUUCGUGCCCGUGGCAGGGUUAGCUCGAUCAAACCGUCGUCACAUCCUACUCCAUACAAGGAUGCGGCAAGCAUGAAGCUUCAUGGUUCUGAUCCAACAAACCAGCUGAAGAAGGAUUUAUCAAGUAGCAUGGAUGGUCACAUGGCGGCUAGAGAGGAUGCAAAACCGGAGGAGGGGGUGACAAUGGCAUCACCAGGUGCCGUUCAGACUUCGAUUGCCGUUAGGGUUUCGAAGCGGCUCUCUCAUCAGCAGCGAAGGGAGGACACAGCGUUUCAUCUGGAUUACGCUGGCCCUAGAACCCAUCCCCCCUCUCACAACUGA